UAGCGUUUAAUACCUUUACUUUUUUAUUUCAGAACAUACAGGUAACAAUCAUGUCAGAUUCGGACGAUGAUCAUCCGUUUGCAAAGUAUGGGAAUGCAUUGAAAGAUCUGGAAGAAGCAACAUCUAAACCAUCCUCGAUACCUAUCCAUGAACAAACUGUUACUGAUGAACAAGGCAGGCGUCGUUUCCAUGGAGCUUUCACUGGAGGAUUCUCUGCAGGGUAUUAUAACUCUGUUGGCUCAAAAGAUGGCUGGACACCAUCAGAGUUUAAAUCAACAAGGUCGAAUAAAACCGGAAAGAAGACGUUUACGCCCCAUGAUUUUAUGGACACAGAGGAUGUUUCGGACUUUGGUAUUGCUCCUACAUUGCUCCAAGCGAAGCAGAACUUCCAGCAUGGCCAGAAAAGAAACUUGAUUAACGAAAGGCAGUUGCAGGUGGAAGAGAAGAAAAUGACACUGUCACUCGGAACAGAGUUGCUGGAGUCUCUUAUUGUUCCAACAAGGUCAAAUAUUGGAAAACAGCUUCUAUGUAAGUUGGGGUGGAAGGAGGGUCAAGGCAUCGGUCCUCGUGUUGAUAGAGCAAGGUAUCAGGAAGAAAAUGAAGAUGAGAUAAAGGAGCAGCCGAAAGUGUACGGAUGUUACAUUCCUGGAAGAUCUAUUCAAAGUUCAAUUGAGGAUACUUUUGGCCAAGAACCAAUCACUUUUGCUCCGAAAGACCAAAUGCCGGUUAAAAUAAUUGCUAAGGCUGAUUUACAUGGCCUUGGGUAUAGUGGGAUUAAUCCAACCAAUGCUUUGUUUAUAAAGCAGAAAAAAUCUUCUGGAGUCGAAGCUCGAAUGAAGUCAGGAAGUAAGCUUUCUAUUAAAGGCCAAGCUUUCGGUGUUGGGGCAUACGAGGAGGAAGAUGAGGACAUAUAUUCUAUGGACACCAUGGAAAACUAUGAUCGGGUUUUAACUGCAGAGGCAAACCCUCAAGAUUCAUAUGGGUGGACAAAGCCAAAAGCAAUCGCCAGUAGCCACAAAGUUGAAGCUAUUGAGUUCAACAAAAAUGAAGCUAUUACUGGGUUUAUUCCUGCUGAAAAAAAGAAAUUUGUUGAAAGGAAAUGUUAUUCUGCACCAAAACUUCCGCCUGACUUUGAUUGCAAUCGAAGGUUAAAGUUACAACACGAGGUGAAUCGGAUAAAUGAGAUGCAUUUGUCACAGCCCGGAAAUUUCCAUGUACCUGCUGCAGUUACAACGGCACACCUGACAGCUAAGGAAAGAAAGACUAUGCUUGGUAAUGCAAAUUCUAAAGAAAAAUAUGUUUCUGUGUUUGACUUCAUUUCACCCGAUGAUAGGAAUAGGAUGGAGAUGGCAAAGAAAAAACCAACAGAGCUUGGUUUUACUGCAGGUAAGAAUGAAGAACCUGAAAAACUGAGUAAACCAGAGCGACCAACUGCUCCUUUGGUUGAUCCAAAAUCUCUUCGUCCGUUUAAUAAUAAUCCUGAAAAACAGCGGAGAUAUGAACAGUAUGAAAGGGCUGUACGGCAGAGGAAGACGGACCCUUAUUUGGGCAUAGACAGCGACCUCACAGAGUGGGAAAGAAAUCAUGAGCGACAUGAGUUUUCACAACUUGCACAAGUGUACAGUCAUCUAACUUCAAGCAUGAAAUCAAAAUUUACUAAAGCCACAGAUGAGGAACAGGAAUUAACAACAGCUGUUAAAAAAGAGUCGUCCAAGCAUGUAUUUGGUAUCAUGACAAGAGACAGAAUAGAGUGGCAUCCUGAUCCACUGCUGUGUAAAAGGUUUAAUGUUCCAGACCCCUUUCCGAAAUCCGACGUGGUAGGAAUUGCAAAAGCUGUUCCGAAUUUUGACCUGCCUUCUCUAAAGCACCAAGGUCCAGCAGAGAGACCGAUUUUGGAGGACUCUGAACUCCCUCAGAAUAUGUUAAAGGAAAUGCAGAAAGUAUCUAGUGGUAGUGCUAGUAAUGAAAUAAAAAAGAACAAUGAUUUGAGUGAAGUUCAAAGUACAAAAGAUAACGAAAAUGAUGAAACAGCAGAAGAAGAGGAAAGAGCUUCCAUGGACUUGUUCAAGUCAAUCUUCGCCGCAUCCAGUGAUGAGGAAUCUGAUGAUGAGAAUGAGGAGCAGGAAGAUGACCUGGAGGAGCCUGAAAAGCAGAAAGUUGAAAAAGUUGAAAACCUAAGUUUUCCUCCAUCCAUGCCACAUGUAUUUACUCCUGUUAAUAAAAAACUUUCAAUAAAUGAGGAACCUCAACAAUCAACUUCUGAUCUUUUAAAACCAAAGGAGUCAUUAGCAUCCCAGGAGAAGAAUGAAGAAAAGGAAGAGGACUUGUUCGGACCUGCUCUUCCACCACCAAGGAAGGCAGGGACAUUAAAUUCAUCAAAAAAUGAUGAUUCAUUUUCGAAGAGACACAAAGAAAAGCAUAAAAGUCAUAAAUCUCAUAAAAAAUCUUCAAAGCAUAAAAAACAUAAAAAGAAACGCAAUUCCUAAACUUACUCUUAUUAGUUAAAUUUAGUUAUGUUUGAACAAAUUCACUGCCAUUUUUGUUUUUGUUUUGAUUCAUUUUCACAUACAAAAUUGUUUAAGCGUUACAAACUAAAAACAAUUUUUUAAAGUUUAAUAUGUGUCUCUAUUUUUCACAACA